AUGAUAUCCACCAUCGGUGUCGAACCAAUAAACAGGGAUAGACUUAGGCGGGAGGUAGAAAUCACAGGCAGACACAACCGGGACAUAGUGGCCGAGAAAUGCAAAUUCUUGGAGGGAGAUAUGGUACUAUAUAAGACCUACCACUUGUCCAAGGCGCACAAGGGAUUUUAUGCGGGAUUCGAACCGAAAUGGUGGGGCCCCGUAAGGCUAGAAAAGCGGAUUGCAUUACCUCCAACCAUCAGCAACCACAACUAUGGACGCGACCAAAGUGGUGAUGUUGGAGAAGGGGCUGAGCUGCUACUUUGGGCAGCUUACUGCCGGGGGUGGGCGGACCGGACCACCGACUUGGUGAGGUCGCUUGGCUCCUCGGCGGCGAGGUCACCGGGCACUCCGCCAACGCCGAAACCACCGCGCCUGUCGACCCGCCACCGGGUCACAACCGCCAAGGCGAUGGGGUCGGGGUGUGCGAAACCAGCAACCGGCGCAGCACCGGCUGGCCGUUCCAUACCAUUUGUCCGUACCACACCGACAACACACGGCGUCACAACAAUCACAACCUCAUCACGGCAAGCCACCAGCUCCGCACGGCCACAGCGGGACGUGACGUGGGUGAGGCCGGCUUCGGGACGUCCGUUAGUGCCUAGGAUGCCACCGGCGGAUCCACACCCACCGACGACGGAGUGGACGGGGAUGCCGAGCCGCGUGGCAUACGUGGAGCGCCUGCCGACCCCACCACCUGCACCUCCCUCCGACAAGCCAAGACCACUGGAGCCCUGGCCAAAGCCCGCGAAGCCAGCCACACCGACAACAUCAACGCGGUCGGCAGAACGGGCCAAGGAGCGGAGGAGGGAACACCAGCGGCAGAGGAGACUGCGGGCAAAAGCCGAGAGCUUCAAUACUAUAAAACCACUGUGCAAAUUUAAUAGUAAUAUAAUAAUCAGGGUUCGGAUUUUAUAGCAUUUGCUAUUUAUUAUAGAAUUAAGAUAAAGAUAUCAGAGUGAGCUAUUUAUUUGUGUUAUUAACCAAGA